GUCAAAUUAAAUUAAUCUAAACUGGGCUGUUAGCUUUUAAUUAUGUUUUUAGUUAUUAUUUAAAAUAUCGAAAUGGCGUUGAAAAAGUUACCUAACGAAGUUCAGUCUUUAUUAUGUGCAUCGGCUCAAAUUAAUAGCUUCAAGAGAGCUAUGGAAGAAUUAAUUUACAAUUCACUAGACGCAGGAUCAACAUCGAUUGCGAUAAGAAUACACAUUCAAGAAAGUACAAUACAAGUGAUAGAUAAUGGACACGGAAUCGCAAAAACCGAUUUCCAUUUAAUCGGUCAACGAUAUAUGACAAGCAAAGUUAUGGAUGUGGCAACUUUGAAGGCGGCUCCGAAGAACUAUGGAUAUCGUGGGGAGUUCCUAGCGAAUAUCAUUGCAGUGUCACAAAUGGUUAAAGUGACGUCAAGGCAUGAGAGUUCAGAAGAUACGUGGACCAAGAUAUUUUUAAAUGGAAAAGAGAAGAAGUUUACAAAAAUGACAACGAGACCUACAAAAGGAACUACUGUAGACAUCAAAGGAUUUCUUUACAAUCUAAACAUACAAAAAAGAGGAAUAGAUCCAAUGAAUGAGCUGCAGAACAUCAAAAUGUUCCUUGAGCAACUAUCACUAGUCCACAACCACAUAUCACUAAGUUUAAGAGAUGAUUCUCAAAAUGAAAUUGUCUUCAAAAUUCAUAAGAAAAGGGAUAUUUAUCAAACAUUAUCUAAUUUAUUUAAUAUCGAUAAGAAAGAUGUGCAAGAACUUCAGGUGGAGAAGAAUGAGUAUAAAGUUAAAGGUUUCAUAGGAAAAGUUGAUAAAGAACUUGACUUACACUGGAUCUAUGUCAAUAGGAAGUUUAUACAUAACAGUAGCAAGCUGCAUAAGAUUAUAAACGAGUAUUUUAAGAAAUGCCUAAAUAUUAGAGACCAGACGAGAAUAAAAUCAAAGGUAAAAUUAAUUUAGGUAAUUGUUUGUCGUCAAAAGCAAAAAUCUUUAAUUACUACUGACUUUAAUUAUUACAUAUUACAGAGACAUAUUGAUGAAAAUGAACUAUUCAAUCAAAAUAUUCCUUUCUAUAUUAUAUUCAUCACUUGCCCAUACAUUGAUUAUGAUAUUAACUACACAACAAAACAAUCAAUCAUAGAAUUCAAAAAUUGGCAUCAAAUGAAUAAGAUGUUAGAAAAGUUAGUGAAAUUCUUCAUUGGUGACGUUAAAUUAAAAGAAAUCAAAAAUGUUGAAAAGACGGUUUCGAAUACGGAUAGAAGAAAUGAUAAAGAAAGCAAUGAUACUCGAGAUCAGGUUAAGAAAAUUAUAGAUAAAAUAUUAGGAAGUAACUCAAAGAAGUUGGGAGUUUCACAAUUACAGAACGGUGUAAAAGGGAAGCUAGUUAAAAGAAAAAAUAAAAAGAAGAUGAAAGAAAGCGUUAAUGUCCAAAGAUUGUUAUUCCAAAAAGAGACAAACAAAAAUGUUGAUGACAAAAGUCCAUCAGUGAGUAAUGCACUUCCGAUUUCGAACCACAAUGUGCAAGAAAACGCUAUACAACAGGUACAAGAGAACACUGAUAACAUAGAUAAGGCAAAAGUACACAAAGUACGCGAAAUCCCUAACCAUUGUCGCAAACGAAGAAAGAUCCCUAAACAAAAGAAAUAUGCAAUCAAAGAGAUUCCAAAACUAAACAAAAAAAAUAAAGACCUCGCUUCACCGGUACUACAAAUGGAACAGAAUAUUACGUCACCAAAGAUAAAACGUAAUAUUAUAAAACAAAGACAGUUAGAAAUCAAACAUAAAAUAAAAAACAUCAAACCCAAUUUACAUUAUUUGAAAAAUACUGAUUCUGUCUAUAAAAGGAGCAAAAUCGUAGCCCAAGAAGCAGAAGAAUUUUUACGUAAUAAUAAUAUCAAAAGAAUAAAACCCAAUGUAAAUUAUUACGAAAGAAAGAAAAACCCACACUUAUUAAAAAACAAUUAUUGUGCAAUAAAGGAACAUGAACAGCGAAUCAAUAAAGUUAAUUAUCAGUACAUAAUGAAGAAAUUAAAAACAAAACCAUACAAAACAACGUACGACCUACUUCAAACAAUUAUAAACAGUCAGAAGUUAAUAUUAGAUACUGUAGGAAACAACGUAAGUGAGGAAAUAGACAAAGAAUUAUACAGAAAACGUGACGUCCCACUUCAUCUCCCUAAGCUCUCCAAAAGAUACACGACAACAAAUAGGUAUGCUUAUAACGAGUAUUCAGACGUAAUUGGCAAAAAUAUUAAUGAAAUGUCACUAUUUAGAAGUAAUAGAGAAGAACAAAAUAAGAUGUAUCAUUAUGAAGACAAUUUCAGCGAAAUUCUUAGUGUUUACAGAGAAAAUGAAAGUGAUAAACCUAAAAGUGGAGAAAGAUUUGAACAUACAGAUACAUAUAAUUAUUAUCAAAAAUAUACAAUGCAAGAAGAAACAGCACAUCCUAUUACUAACGCUCUGAGCUUGCUUACGUAUGAUAGCCACCGAUAUGGAAAUAAUGAAGUUUUUGAACGGAAUGAAACUGAAAAUUGUCGCACUACGAAGCCAAAUAUUAGAUUUAUUACAAAACAGUCUAAAGAUAAUUUUGCUACAUCUGAUGAUAUAAGAGUUCAAUUUAAAAGACCUCGUAAAAUAAUGACUAACAGACAAACAAAAACAUACGAUGUACGAAGAAUACAAAACAUAAGUGAAUCACUCUAUACAAUCGAGUAUUCCAAAAGCAGUGAAAAUAAUUAUGACAUUGCUUCAAAAGAAGUAGUUUCUAUGAAUAUGGAUUAUGAGAAUGUCGAUGACUAUUACAAAAAUUACAGCAAAACUAUAGGUGAUGACGCAUUUGCGAUGAUUGAUCAAGCUUUUGGUAAUACUUAUACACUAAAUUCAUUUCAUGUAAACUUUGCAACACAACAUUCAAGAAAUGAGACACAUCAAAGAUAUGAAUCUAGCCAACUAUUUGAAACUCAUUCUAUCCACGACAAUCGUAAUGAAAUAAAUAAUGUAUACAAUCAACCUAAGGACAAUAUUACUACAAGUAAAAAAGACACUAAUUUUGUAUUUGUAUCUAAAUCACAAAAUUCUACACACACUAGGGUAUCUGAGCACAAUAAUAUAAUUGAACCAUUAGAUGUAUGUGAAACAGUUUUACACGAAAUCGGAUCAGGUGAAAGAGAAUUUGAUUUUACAUUUAACGAAAAUCACCGAAGGAAUGAUUCUUUAUACAACAUGUCUCCUAAUAAUAAUGAUAUUGUUAAUGAACAAGAAAAUCGAGAGAAUUUAAUUAAUCUCAAUGAAGCUAUAAAGGAAAACGGAGGAGAUGUUUCACAUCAUUUUAAUAACAUGGUACAAACUACAGAUAAUCAGUUAAAGGAUAAUGAUAAUAUUGACAAGAAUAUCCAAGAUCAGGAAUUUUUAGAGAAAAACCAACCUCAACCUAUAGAUAAAGACGUCAUAGUUGAAGAUUUGACUGAUAUCAACAUUGGGAACAACUUCAAUGUGGAGCAGGAUUGUAACUUUGUAAUAAACAAUUUCAAUUUAAAAAAUAGACCACGUUUUGUACCCAAAGGUAUGUCUCAAAUAUUUGAAAAUUGUCGCACAAAAUCUGCAUGCGACUAUACUUUAGAUAAAGAUUAUUAUGAAGAUAGCAUUUACAACAAUUUCGUUAAUGAUGUUCAAGUCAAUGCAGAAAUAUAUGAGCCAACGAUACAAAACGUUGAAGAUCUUGCAACAAAAAAUGUUCACAAAUUCCAAACUAAAGUGAAGAAAGAUCACGCAUCUUUAGUUUUUGAUGAAAAUUCGUUGAAAACUGCUACGGUUCUCGGUCAAGUUGAUUGUAAAUUUAUUGCAGCAAUAAUGGAAAAUCGUCAUGUUCCCACAACAGAAGCUUCACAAUAUCUCAUACUAUUUGAUCAACAUGCUGUUCACGAGAGAAUAAGGCUUGAAAAAAACUUAGCAGAUUAUAUCAUUGAUGACAAAUGGACUAGUGUCGCAGUAGAUGAUAUGAUUUUGAAGAUGUCAAAAGACGAAAUUCUUUACCUGCAUAACUAUAAAGAUAAAUUCAAUCAGUUGGGUCUAUUCUGGACUAUUUCCGAUGAUAACGAAGUCAUAGUUCAUUCUAUACCUGAAGCCAUUCUCGGUAAAAAUCCUAGAGAGGUUGAUAAGGUAAUAAAAGCCGUUAGGAACGUGAUUAUUGAAGAGAUUAAUGUUAUUAAGUUGCAAAAAGGAUGCAUGUCGCUAUACCCAAAGUCUAUUAUGGAUUUAGUUUUUAGUGAGGCUUGCCGUUACGCCAUAAAAUUCGGCGAUCAACUUUCAAAGAAUGAUUGCGUCGAAUUGCUAAACGGAUUGUCAAGUUGCAAAACGCCUUUUCAAUGCGCACAUGGAAGGCCUGUGAUGGCAGUCAUAAUGGAUAUCAAAGAAGAUAAAAGGGAGUAUAAGAUAAACAUGGAACAUUUCAAACGAUUUAAGAAAAUAAAUUAAGCACUCAUAACAGUAAGAACAGAU